CCCUACUCUUGUGAGAGUCGCGAGGACGAGCUUUCCCCCUCUUGAGAUCCGGUGUCUAAUCCAUUUUUCAAGGUGCUGUGUGCAAAAUUUAUAGUCUUAAAAUUAUAUGAAGUGUGUAACUAUUUUUGUUAACUUGAUUUCCUUGUGUUCCUUGAUAUUGCUUAUAGUUUUACAAUGGAUAUGAGUACUAGAGAUCGCAUUAGAAAAAGGAGGGAUGAUGAUGAUCUCAUGCUUUUAAUUCUCCCUACUCUACAUCUCUUGGGCUAUAUUGGAGAUAGUGAAAAAAAAGUUGCGACAUACAUCAACGCUAACUGGAGAGGAAAAGGUUAGGGAGCUACUUGAAGGCCACAUCAAGAAUUGUAGGACAUCAUUUAGGAUGGAACCUUACAUCUUUAAAGCCUUGGUCAAUUAUCUUAUAAGCGAAGGGUUGGUUAAAGACACUAGAAGAAUCAAGGUCGAGGAGAAGCUUGGUUUCUUUUUAUAUAUGAUUAGUCACAAUGCGUCAUUUGAGGAUCUCCAAGUAUUCUUUGGUCACAGCAAUGAUACAUUCCAUCGUGUGAUCAAACAUUUCUUUGACAUAGUUAUCCCUGCCCUCAGCAUGCGGUUCCUUAAACCUCCCUCCAAUCAAGUACAUGCAAAAGAUCGCGAAGAUAACCGAUUUUACCCUUACUUUAAGAUAAGAUGUUUAGAGGUUCUCCUAAGAUAGUAGCUUUAUCUAAAGCUGCUCAAAAGAAGGCUUCUCCUAAAGCUGCAAAAUCAAAAAAAUGUGGCGGUGGUAUUGAGAGAGCUGCAUGGAAUGUUGAAUUAGAGAAGAGUCUUGUUGACUUGUUGUUUGAACACAAUAUGCCUCCACAUAGGGCUCAAAAUGGAUGGAGUCCAGAUGCUUGGAAUAAAAUAGUUUCUGAAUUCCACGAGAAGCAUGAAUAUGUUACAUUCAACAAGAUCCAAAUUCAAGAAAAGGAGAGAGAAUUAAAAAGGGAAUACAAGAUAUUGAAGGAGGUAAGAAAACAAAGUGGAGUUUCUUGGAAUGAAAAAAGAUGCAUGAUCAUUGCUGAACCAACGAUAUGGGACAACAUUAUCACUACAUUUCCUAGAGCUAAGAAGUUCCGCAAGAAGUCUUUUCCUCUCUUUGAUGCCUUGGGUGAAUUAUAUGAUGGUCACAUUGCACAAGGGACUUGGAACAUUACAUCUACUCAACCACUACAAAAUUCUGAUGAAGGAGAGAAAUUUAAAACCAUAGAAGUGGAAGAUGAAGAUACUAAUGAACCACAAGUAGAUGCGAGAAUAGAACAAGAUGAAGAUAUAGUAAUUGUUGAAAGGGUUGAACAGAGGUUACCUAAAAGGUCAGGUGCACCAACUGUCAAUCAAGAGAAGGAGACAAAGAGAGUGAGGAAAGAUGCACUAGAAGGGCUGAUAGGGAGGUACCUUGAUGUGAAAACAAAGCAAGUUGCAGAUGAGGCCGCACAAUCAACAAAAGAGAAGGAAGUUGCUCAAGGUAAUGAUUUUUCUAUCAAGAGGUGUAUUUCUGUUCUUAAGACUAUGGAUAUCACAAGAGAUGAGAAGAUCAAAGCAGCGGGGGUGUUUAACACACCAAAUUACAGAGAAACAUUUAUUUGUUUUAAUGAUGAUGAGCCAGAAGUCGCUCUCCUUUGGCUAAGGGGGAAGAUGGAUAAACUCUAAAGGGUCCAAGGAUAAAUAUAUUAUCAACAUCUCUAGAGGAAGAGAAAGUCAAGUCACAUCUUCAGUCUGUGCAGGCUGUUUAUUCAGUUUCAGUCAAUAAGGCUUAGCUUGUAGUGUGUGUGGUCUGAAGCUUGCAUGUGCAUGUAGAGACUGUUUCUUCGGUCUGUGCAGGCUGUGCAGUUUUCAGCUUGUUUCUUCAGUCGUUUCAGACUGUGCAUACAUGUGCUCGUCUCUACUUUGUCAAAAAAAAAUAGUGUUAUUCA